GAUCUUCUUCAUCUCUCUUCUUUUCUCCACAAACUUUCCACACAACCACCACGUACCACAACAAUGGCUACAGAACAGCCCCGUCUCGAUGCCGAUUCCAAUAUCACCAAUGAUGCAUUCAAUUCUUCCUCUUCCAAUUUUGGCGAACCUGAAAUUCCUGAUCGUAUUAAAUGCAUCGUUCCAAUAUCUGUCCGCCCUUCUCUCAUCGAUCCUAAGAACACAGGUCUUUUUGUUGAUAAAGCUGUAUCCGCUGGAGAUAUUUUGCUUAAAGUUGAAAAGCCAUUAUUCGCUAUUGUAGAAGAAACCCCGAUGCGAGAGACAACCUGCGACAACUGCUUUGCAUACCAGGGCAUGGAGGAACUAUUAGGAACUGUCAGUACUGCAAAGAAAGAUAUCGAGACAGCUAUCCCAUUUAAUAAGUGUGGAAGCUGUAGGGUAUUCUACUACUGCAACAAGAAAUGCCGAGAGGAAGCAUGGGAGCACCAUCAUAAGUAUGAAUGUCUUAUUUUGGUAAAUUUUUUGGCCACAGUAAACUUAGCAAAGCACUUCAUUGAGCGUACGGAUUUCCGUUUUGCUCUCCGUUUCCUAUGCAUGGCCAGGGCAGGUCGUCUUACAAAAGAAUUAAUGAGGGAUUUUUACCUAGCGCCAAUAGGAAAUUUAAGAGAUUUUGUGCCUUCUAUGGAGGCUUCCUAUAGAAGGUUAAGUCUCAAUAUGAAACUCCUCGCAAUGUCGCCCGUACACGAAGAUGAAGUCUUACAAAUUUUAUGCUUUGCAGUUCAUCAAUCUAUUGAAAUGUUUCAACCAUUCAUAUGCCAAUUCAAUAGGCGGGACACAAGUUACGAGAACACAAGUAGUCUAAGGAGCAUUGUUCGUGGUAAAUAAUUCGAGCCGUUCACCACAAUCAUGAGAAACGAUUGCAAUGCCAACACUCACGAGUAUUUUGACGGAACAACAUACAUUCUACAAGCCAAUUGUGGAAUCCCUGCCAACACUGAGAUUACCCGCCGCUUCAGUUACUCAAAUGACUAUAAAAGCCGCCGCCUUCAAUUUAUGGAAACAGAUAAGCUUGAUUGUAAGUGUAACUUAUGUAUUCGAGGAAAUCUAGGACCGAUAGGUGAUCUUCGAGAGCGCAUGCUUUCAGUUCACAUUUACAAUCACAAGCCUAGAGCCAACAAAGAGCAGCUGACCAAACAACUAACGAUCGAUAACAAAGUUGUUACUGAUCUGAGCUAUAAUGGAUUCGGCUACGAUUGCCCUGGUCUAAGAUCAGUAUAUAUGAGUAUAUUCAGCGAUCAAUUUGAUCUAGACUCCCGCACUAAAACUCUGGAUUACAAAGAGUCCUUGAGACUUCUUCUCACUGUCUACUACUUCAUUGAUCAAGUUGCAUGCCCGGCACCAUCACCGGAAGAGCGCAUCAAAGUUCUGUAUUUCCUCAUAGUUAUCGCCUCAAGUACAAAAGACUCCCGAUUCAAGGUUAGCAAUAUCGUCCUCACAAUGCGCAAAUUUAUCUAUCAUUGGCGUUUGCAGCUCGCUCACUACUCCGAACAAUUGGGUGGCCCCAAUACCAAAAUUGCUAUAUUUCAUCGAAGUGCUUUUAAGAAAGAUUUAGAGGCUGGGUAUAUACCUGUUUCUAAAGACAAAGAUGCUCUCGUGAAGGAUUUGAAUGGUUGGUUCAAAUUGCUUGAUCUUGAUGAGAUAACAUCCGAGCAGAUUUUUCGUACCCAAAGGAGCUACAGAAUAUACAGGGAAAUCAUAUCGUGACUGGCAUGGUCUUGACUUGUGUUGAAAUGGCAGGAAUUAUGAACUCUUCCAAAUAGGUCUAGGGAGGGAUCGCGGACGAGAAAUCGUGAGCUCCACUCACA